CAGCCGGGCGGCGGUUCCGAGCCGGGCGCGCGGGCCGGGUCCUCACUGCCAGCUGCGCGCCCCAGGGAGCCGGCAUCCUCGGCCUGCUCGCCAUGGACGCCGCCGCCGCCGCCGACGCCGCCACCACGGGCUCCCUGCGGAAGUUCCUGGAGCACCUCUCCGGCGCCGGCAAGGCCAUCGGCGUGCUGACCAGCGGCGGGGAUGCCCAAGGCAUGAACGCGGCUGUCCGCGCAGUGGUGCGCAUGGGCAUAUACGUGGGAGCCAAGGUGUACUUUAUAUACGAGGGUUACCAGGGCAUGGUGGACGGAGGCACUAACAUUGCAGAAGCCGACUGGGAGAGCGUUUCCAGCAUUCUGCAAGUGGGCGGCACGAUCAUCGGCAGCGCGCGCUGCAAAGACUUCCUUAGCCGCGAGGGCCGUGAAGGCCGCCGGCAACCUGGCCGGCUGGGCAUCACCAACCUGUGUGUGAUCGGCGGCGACGGCAGCCUCACCGGCGCCAACAUCUUCCGGAAGGAGUGGAGAGCCUGCUGCAGAACUGGCCAAGAACGCUCCCGUGAGCCCGUGUAUGACAGUAACCGUGCCCGGAAAAAAAGGCUCAAUAUCAUCAUUGUGGCUGAAGGAGCCAUUGACAGGAAGAACAAGCCCAUCACCUCGGAGGAGGUCAAGCAGCUCGUCGUGAAGCAGCUGGGCUACGACACGCGUGUGACCAUCCUGGGACACGUGCAGAGAGGAGGGACACCCUCCGCGUUCGACAGGAUCCUGGUGAGAGGGGAGGGAGGGCGGGGCCGGGCGUUUUCCCGGGAGUCCCCGGCGGUCCACGGCGGGAAGGCUUGCUGGGCGCUCACCCCCCGGAGGUCCCGGCGCCCCGUGCCCUUCUCUAAAAGGUCCUUUGGGACCGGCCGGCGUGGCGGGGUCCCUCGGCCUGUGGGCGGCCAGACGGGCUGA